UAUAUACUAACCUAGAAUUAGCGUUACUUGAAGUUAAUUCAAAAGAUUAAUUAGUGCAAAGUGGGUGUGUUCGAAAUCGAAAUCUUAUCUGUGAAAGAUAUUAAAUACAAUGAUUAAUGAAAUGAAAAUCGUGCGAAUUGCAAAAGCCGUAUCAAGUGAAUUUCCGAAGCAAUCGUAUAAUUCGAAUGAGUGUUAGUUUAAUUAGAUUUUAUUUCAAUUGAUCUUUGUAUCGUGUGAGAUGGCUCAGGAUAUGUUAAUAUGGAAGAUUGUGCUGGAUUUCUUUAUAUUAUGCUGUUUGGCCUCUCCCCUCCUGUACUUCCAGUUCUGGAGCAAGCCAAAGCUAGGAGGUUUCUUCGCGGAUGACCGCAGCCUCCACCUGCCGUAUGAACAGCAGACUGUACCUGAAGCUGUGUUGGCGCCUGCUGGCUUCGCUCUCGUCAUUGUCACGGUAAUAAUCGUAGAAUAUGUCCGCGAGAAGAAAGGCCGGAGCGUCGGCGAGAAGUUCCUGUGCGACCACCUGAUCCCGGGCUGGGUGUGGACCAGCUACGUCACCAUUGGCAUCUUCACGUACGGCGCGGUGGUGCAGCAAGUCACUUCGGAGACUUUGAAACAAAUCGUUGGAAGGCUUAGGCCGCAUUUCUUUGAUGUCUGCCGUCCGGUCUACAACGCGUCAGACCCCGCCAAUGCCAACGGCUACAUACAGGUCUACACCUGCGUAGACCCCAACGACUCGCGCACUAAAGAGAUCAGUCAGCUCAGUCUGUCAUUCCCUAGCGCGCAUGCAAGCUUCGCUAUGUACAUCGCCGUAUUCUACAUUAUAUACCUCCAGCUGAAAUGUAAAUGGCGAGGUUCGAAGCUGCUUCGCCACGCCGUUCAGUUCCUCAUUCUACUGGGUGCGUUGUACGUUGGCCUGUCGAGGGUGGUGGAACACUUUCAUCACAGGGAUGACGUCGCUAUCGGCUUCGUUAUAGGCGCCGUCGCUGCCGUUCUAGUGGUGAAAUUUGUGCUGAAACCCAAGAAGUAUAUGUCCGGGACGUGGCAGGAGACGCCACAACAGAACAUCCUGCCGCGGCCGGUGUUGGCGCGGUGACUUCACUUGGCGACUUUAGAAUCGCUAACUAAACUAAACUUGUUUGCCUUUGCUCGACCAUUGUGAAGUACCUAGUGGACUCGAAGACGAUAUUUCUGCGCAUGUUUAAGGAAAAAAAAUUCAAUCAUUAGAAGCGCGCCAGCAAAAUAUUUUUAUACAACAUAACAUUGUCGGCCUAGGCUUUCAAAUUGAGCUGUGUUUUUUAUGUGUUACUAGCAAAAACAAAGCUACUGGGUCCAGUAAUUCAGUAUGAAAACGGUUUUUUGACGUUAAAUAUAAAUGUUAACGUGACUAAAACUGUAUACCUACUGUUACCUACCUAAUUAUUGUGUAGGUAGGAAUUAUAUAGGUAGGUAUGUCAAUA